ACUGUGAAGUUCCUUAUAAGAUAUGAUAUACUUAUACGGCACAUCGCUGAGUGAGUUACCCGAUUUCCCUGGAGUUCAUCUGAAGAAAAAGGCCUUCCAGACGGAUUAACACUUAACAACUGCCAGUGUUGACGAUACAGAAAUAAAAGGCAACUUGCUAUAUACCAACUUACUUUCUAAACAUUACAUUUUCCGCCUAGAGUGAAUUUAUCUGUGUGUAUUCAUUCGCCAAGGAUUCAAGAAUUUAUGAAAUUGUAGUUUUCCGCUAUUUGUCUUUUUUUUAACCAGGUACAACGUUUCCGCUAAAAUAAACACCCUUUUCCACUGAUGACCUCUAAUGAACAACUAAAACUGCGUAUUGGAAAAUCCCCUGGUCGUUUAAUUCAAGACUUUGAUUCUUUCGACAAAGUCGAGGAUCCUUGGAACGACCCUUGGACUUUACUUAAUCAGAAGCACUUGUGGCUGCUACACCUUCCGGAUUCCGGACAAUCUGGCGAUGAAGAUGAGGAGUGUACUGACAUAUGGGCCAUCUGUAAGAAAACCAGAAAACAUUUGCAUGUUCGAACUUUUUACUCUGAUGAAGAGUUUUCUCAUUGCCGCGAUGUUGACAGGGGGUCUCAUGUGCUCUACCAGUCUUCAGAAAGCACAACAGAGUCUGGUUCGAAUCAAUCAUUCAUUGACUCGGCCGAGAGUUCUAUGUGUUGGAAAUGUUGCAACUGUAGUUUUACUGUGCGAGUCGAAUGGUUAUCUCCUGUCAUGCCUGGUGAUCUCGUUCAAGAACUUGUUGAUUCUAGGCGCCCUUCUUUUGCGUCUCUUUUAUCUCGUAGGAACCGAUCAAGCUCUUCAUCGGAAGAACAAAAGACUCCAUUCAAACAACCGUCUCUAUUCUCCAUGUUUUCAUCGCUUGAAGUGUUUCUUCGUAACAUCUUAUUGAAAGGUGAUCACCGCUCGAUUAGUGCUGCGAGCGAAGGCACGUUUGAAAAACAUGUAGGUAAAGGUGAUAUCGUUAAGCGUAUUAUGAAUCAGCUUCUAUUUACGUACGUUCCCGAGGAAGAGCACUAUAUCCCCUGCAACGCAGGAAAUGCGUUAACGUCUGACCAAAAGAGUUUGCUCUCUCUUGCACGGAAUGAGCUAGCACUUCUUGCCAUACAAUAUCGUGACAAAAAUACAGAGUAUGACAAGACCUCUUCAUGGAAACUUUCAUUCAACUACGCAAGAGGUGAAUUAAUCAAUGGCUUGGAUGUGAUUCCUUAUCCAAGUGUGGCAUUGGCAUACAGCAACAUUUUUCAACAAAACUCUUCUUCACUUCCUGAUGUCCCUUCGUUCUUGGCCUUGGGUGUAUUGAACGAUGUUCCAGAUACGCUUGUUCGGUACUUCUUUUUCCAACAAAAACAACAUGAUCCCGACAACGCUACUGUAUACAUGGAUGCUUUGUAUCAUAUUGCAAAGCUUCGUGAUAGUCCUCUUUUAGAGAAUCUCAUUCGAUCAGAGGAAAAGAAUGGGCUUAUUCCCACCGCAGUUUGGCAAGAAGCUUACAAUAUAUUUGGACUUGAUCAUGAAAAACUUGGAGAUGAAGAACACGACGAAGUUCUGCUGAAGAAAGCUCUUCGUAUGAUGGAGAAAGACCCUGACAACAUUCGCAAUUUACGAAAAUGUCUUGAAGCUUUGGCCUAUCAUCGCAAGAGUGAAUCGCUAUUGUCAUAUUUGCAAUCUACAGAACGAGCUUUUUACGAUGUUAAAGAAUGCUAUAACUGGCUCGGUGUAUCAAGUGAUAUUGAUGACUCCUUGCUUAUAUCCGUUUUCGUCGUCAAGUCCGAAGAUGAUGCUUUAAAAGCAAGAGAGGCCUUGCAGAUGAUCGGGGAACAGCGGAGGAGUAAAGCCAUACUGGAGUUUAUAGGAGUAGGUGGUUCUGAUAUGGCCGACUCCGUAGUUGAAGAGCCUCCUAUGGAUAUAAACAUGGCUUACGAAGUUUUGAAUGUUCAGGAUCGUAACCUUUCUGAUGAAUUAAUGAUAAAUGUUUACGAUUUUGCGGUGGAAGACAGACCACAGGAUGCAGAUCUUCUAAGACGAGCACUCGAAUGCAUUGGAGAAUCGCGAGACUCUACAUUAAUUCGGCAUUACCUAAAGGAAGGAAACUUAAACGUGCCACCUCCCCCUGUAACACUCGACGUUCCUGUUGGACUGGAAAAUAAUGGCAAUUUUUGCUACCUUAAUUCUUUACUGCAAUUUUACUUCAUCAUCAAGCCUCUGCGUGAUGCUGUUUUGAAUAUUGAUCAACACAAGGAAGAUGUUGAUGGUUAUACAGAAACUGAAAAGAUUGUUGGCGGACGUAAAAUCGCAAAAUGGGAAUUGCGUAGAGCACUUCGUUUUACGCAAGACUUGAGGGACUUGUUUCUUACCUUAAUCACUACUCGCAGCAAUUCCAUUUUACCUUCCCUCGAGUUGGCGUAUUUGGCUCUUAUUCCAGGAAACGAAAACGAGGAAAUUGUAAAAUCCAUCUCAACCACCGAGGACAAGGAAAAGCCAAGUAUGGCUGAAACGAAAAUUGGCACUGGAAAGGAAGAAGAACUUGUUUCUGUAAAGAGUGUAUCUUCUCUUCCAGACACAAACUCGUUGAUCGAUAUGGACUCCGUUGACGGAGAAGACCAAAAACAAAAUUCAGUAAGAGAAGUAAAAGAUGUCGUGCAAGAAAGUAUCAAGUCAUCAUUGGAUCUCGGCGGUCAACAAGAUGUGACGGAAUGCAUUGACCAUGUCUUAUUCCAACUAUCGGCUUCGAUGAAGCCUAUUUCCAUACAGGAGGGGGAUGAAAAACCCAUUUGUGUGGACCUUAUGAAAAAGCUAUUCUACGGAACACUUUGUCAAACAUUGGAAGAUCAAAGAGAAGGAAGACGUAGCAAAGAGGAACCAUUUUCACACCUUAUCAUUGACCUUGCCUCAGAUCGACAAACCCUAUAUGAAGCAUUGGAUCAUCUAUUUGAAUUAAGUGAUGUUGAAGUUGGAAACGCAAUUGCGAAGAAAUCCCUUUCCGUUAAGCAACUUCCUGAUAUACUGCAAAUUCAGAUUCAGCGUGUCCAGUUUAACCGUGUUACGGGUCAACCUUUCAAGUCAAAUGCAUAUGUCGAAUUUGGAAAGACUUUAUUCAUGGACAGAUACAUGUCAAAGGAUGAUCCGGAGCAUCAACGUCGUUACCAGCGCUAUUGGGAAUUGAACAUGGAGCUACAAAGCGUUUUGAAGGAUCGCCAGUUGCUUUUGGAGACAAAUUCAAAACUUGCAUCCUCGACAGAUACUUUGGCUGCUGUUGCACAAUGGGCUCAGCAACAAUCAGUGACUGAGCUUCCCUUGAACCCGGAGCUGCCUUCUCUCCUGCAAGCUGAAAUUGAUAAAAUCGAGGCCGAAAUUGGUGCUCUCGGACAAAAACAAGAAGCGAUAUGUAAACAACAAGAGGAGCUGUGCAAGGAAAUGAUGUCCGAGGAGUACCACCUCCUUGCUGUAUUCAUUCACCGAGGACAAGCUACAUUUGGACAUUACUGGACGUACAUCUAUGACUUUGAACGUGAUAUGUAUCGCAAGUAUAACGAUGAAUAUGUUACGACAAUUGAUGAAAGUGAAGUGUUUUCGGACACCACGGGAAACACCGCCAAUCCAUACAUGCUCGUUUAUGUGAAGAAGGAAUGUAUAGGAAUGAUUGAAUGUUUAAAGAGAGAUCCCGACUAUCUUCUUAAUGCCUGAACCUUCAAAAUCAAAACACAAUGAUUCCAACGAAAUGUUUUGGACCAAGAAGAAGAAAAGUUUUCAGCACCAAAACCGUUUUUGAUUCACAUAUUUCUACUCCCCUUUUUUUUCUCUUUCCUAUAAAAAAAGAAUACGACUUCGUUUUCAUUAACGCACUCACCUUUUUAUAAACAUUACUUUUUCAUAUAUAAUUUACACGAAUGCUAACUAUUUUAUAAUCGUUGGUCAAAACAUACUCACCUAAAAAGCCAA